GUACCUGCUUCAAGAGCACAGUUUCUUCGUCUGCUGGAGGUCGUCAGACUGGAACGUGGUCUGGGACCUACCGUCAUUCAUUGCCUUGAUGGCGGAACAAAGAGCGGUCUCUUCGCAGCCAGCUUUAUUCUCGUCGAGCGAAUAACCAGAGACCUCUUCGUCGAUGUAUUUCACACGGUAAAGGCCAUAAAACUGCGUCGCCGCGCUGUGAUCGGCUCAGCGACUCAACUCCGAUUCCUCUACCGUGUCCUCAUUGAUUGGGUGGACCAGACAAUAGAAAAGCCCCUACGUCGGCAACAGAUUACCUAUCCUAUAACUCUCGUCCGCGACCCCCUGCUCUCCACCAUAAACGAUGUCCACUCCUCGGGCCUGCUCUCAAGCGGCACCAGUCGCCUC